ACAUCAACUUUAUUCAGUUAUUCGACUUGGAAGUUUUCUCAAAUUCAUUCAAUGUUGAAUCGAAGAAUGUCGUAUUAGGAUAAAAUUUUAUUCGCUGUGAAAAAUUACAAAAAAAAAAUAUUUUUUUCUUUUGAAAAAAUUAUUUAAAAUUUUCAGAAAGGCGACAUUUUGUGUUUUUCAUAAGAAACACCAGCAGAGCAAGAAAACAGAAUUAUUUGCGGCACCUACUCCUAGUUUUUGGGGUCUGUGGAUAUAUUAAAAGACUUCGUACAUAUUAAAAAACAAAAAAUAAAAUAAAAAAAUUUAAAUAAAUAAUUAAGAACUUAAUAAAUUAUAAGUAUAUAAAAGAAUUUAAUAAUGGGAUUAUUGGGAAAGAAAAAGGAAGAACCUCAAGAACCAGAGGCCGAUCCUGCAGCUGGACCACCUGCCGCAGCCCCAACAGGGGAACCUGGUGCCGAUGGUGAAAUUGUUGGUGGACCAAGAAAUCCACAACAAAUUGCAGCUCAAAGAAGAUUACAACAAACACAAGCGCAAGUUGAUGAGGUUGUUGAUAUUAUGAAAACGAACGUAGAAAAGGUGUUGGAAAGGGAUCAAAAACUAUCAGAAUUAGAUGAUAGAGCUGAUGCUUUACAACAGGGUGCUUCACAAUUUGAACAACAAGCUGGAAAAUUAAAACGAAAAUUCUGGCUACAAAAUUUAAAGAUGAUGAUAAUAAUGGGUGUUAUUGGAUUGGUAAUACUCGCAAUCAUUGUAGCGAAAUUCAUGCCAGAAGAAAAGCCACCACAAAAUCCUUAUUAUAUGAUGCCACCACCACCACCACAACCACAACCUGGACAAGCAGCCCCAGCAGCUCCAGCACCAGCUGCAGGUACACGAAAACUCGUAUCUGGUUCGUUUGUAGAAUAAAAAAAUUUCAGAAUUACUUAAAUAUUAAUUUAUUAUUGUGUUUUUUUAAUUUUGAAAAAAAAAAUUUAAAUUUAAAAAAAAAUUGAUAAUGUAAUGAACAAAAAAAAUAAGAAAUUAUAUGAGAUUAUCAAAAAUUAACUAACUAUUAAAAAUAAAAGGAAAAGGUAAAAUCAAAUAAUAUCAAUGAAAAUAAAAAAAAAUACUAGAUUAUGAAAGAAAUCAUAAAAAUAUUAUAAAAAAAGAAUUAAUAAUUAUGUUUGUAUUUUUAAAUUGUACUAAUAAAAACCACUAAAAAGGGAGUAAUGAAAAAAAAAAACAAAUACCAUUAUAAAAAAAUUAAGUAAAUAAAGAUGUUCGUUCAUUAAUUUGAACAAGCCUUUUUUUCAGUGAAAAUAAUUUUUCCUGAAUUUGAAAAUUUUAUCUUCAUUUUAUUUUUAUCAGCCAUUUAAAGGCUUCGCGGAUCCUUUCCGUAAAAAAAGUCAGAAUUAUUAAAAUUAUUUGUAAUUGAUUGAUAGAAAUACAAACAUGUUCAUACAAAAUUUCCUAAUGUCAAUUUUUUGAAAGUCAUCCUAUAUACUUAUAACGGAAAUGAGAGUCUCUCUUUUUUAAACUAUACAUUUAUGUUUACAUACAUAAAUUAUGCUCCUGUCCUGUUGUGCUUACACAUAUUAAUUUAUAUUAGAUUUAUUCGCAUCGCCAAAAAUCUACUUGUGUACUUUUAAUUUUAUUAUUAUACGUACUAUAUUAUGUACAGUAAUCUAAUAAUAAAACGGUCAUAAUUAAAAUUCAUAAUUUUCAAUUUCUAUUCAAAAUAAUUUUAAAUUUUAUAUGUUGAGUAGGCUACUAGGCCUGGGAUUAUAAAAGAAAAUUUCUAUAUUUAUUGUAUACUAAAAUCUUCUGGCUAUAAUUCAGUUACAUACGAGUAUAUUAUUUCAGUUGUAUAUAUAUAGUGGAGAAUAUUAAAAAAUAAUUAUUUUUGUUAUUGAAAAUUAAUAAAUAAAUAAAACAUAAUUUAAAUAAAAUUCGUAUAUUUCCGUAAUUUUACAAAUAAUAAAGAAAAAAUAAAAAAGUAUUUUAUUAAUAUAAAAUAAAUUAUAUUCCUAUAUUGAAAAUUAUCAUAAACAUUAAAAGAAAAAGACAUCCUAAAAGGCAAAAUAACAACUUAUACCGUUCAUUUCAUUCCUGCGACUAAUAACACAUACAUAUAGUUGCAAAUAACAAAAGAAAAAAAAUUAAAUUAAAUAUAAAAUUUUAUUGUUAAAAAUUACGAAAGGAUAUAUAUAUAUAUAUAAAAAUUAAGAAAUGGAUAGCAUAAAAACUAUUACGUACAUAAAUAUAAAAAUAAAAAAAAGAGAAAAAAGUGUAAGUUCAAUAAUUUAAUAAAAUUUCAGGCUGAAUGAAUCUAUCUCCCCCCUCCCCCUUAACCUAUAUUUCUUAUUUCAAUCUAUAGUAUAUAAUAAAUAAUACCUAUUAUUAGCAAAAUAACUUAUUAUUACGAAAAU